GUCGUGUCUCAGGAGCGCUACAUGGCUGCUCUGAUGCCGCUGCAGAGGUCUGUGAUGCCUUGGAAGACUCCCCCUCAGGUCCGAGUGUUUAGUCAGGACGACUUCAUGUCCACGCUGGAUCAGACGGGUCCUAAGCUGACGUCAGUGCUGGGAGGUGACUGGGCGGGGCUAUACAGGAAGUUCUUCAGGUCUCCAAACUUUGACGGCUGGUAUCGUCAGCGGCACAGAGAGAUGACUCAGAAACUGGACUGUCUUCACCUGGAGGCCAUCUGUGAAGCUGACCUGUUGGACUGGAUCAAAGACAAGUCUGAGGUGGAAAUCGUGGACCUGGUCCUCAAACUCAAAGACAAGCUGGUGAAAGCUCGGCGGCAGCAGCUGACGGUGAAGGACGGCGUUCUGGACAAACUGGACGGUUUUAUUGAAACCAUCAUGAGUUCGCUGCCCAACGACCUGCAGACCAUAAUGAACGCUCGCUGAGCAGGCUGUUGUCACGGUAACAGAACCCUUGGCUGACCAUCAGGUUUCCUGUGGAUGAAGUCACACUGUUGCCAUAACAACAAACUGUAAACGAUGUCUGGACCUUCUAUUUAUUUUUUGUCUCACGUUCAGUCAGCUGACGCUUUGUAACAAACACCGCUUUCAAAAUAAAAGCCAGAAAACCUUAAACUUUU